AUUGUGGACCCCACUUUUUUUUUAAAAAAAAUUAAAGGGUAACGAAUGGACUUCGACAAAAAGUGGGCUUUGGGCUUAUUGAUUUUCUGUUUAUUAGGCUUUGUAUCUGCCCAAAGUGGUGAUACGGACAAAGCUAAGAAGAUUAGGGAAGCCGCCAUCUUCACCAUCUCCUUCGUCGCUUGCGAUUCCCCUUCCGGCAAUCAGCUAUUAUGGUCGAUCUUUAAGGCUCUACGCACGUUUUGCGCCUACCAAACGCUUAGCUUCUCCUCUAACGCCUUCAGAGCUCUCAUAUAUAUAGAAUCCCUCGAGCUGCUCCAGCCGCUUCAGCCGCCAUUGCCACUGUUCCCUACUCCACCUUCAACUCUCUCCGCCUUGGAAGGUCCACUCAGUCCAUUGUUGGUCGGCUCAUCCGAUUCUAGGAUUCCAGGACCAUUAACAAGAAUGGAGAGUUUAUGGGCAUCACCAUUCUCCUCCUUGAUGAACUGGAUUCUGUGAUCCACGGUUUCUUCCCUGCAAUCUCCAAACAAAACAUGAAAACUGAAUGAAUUAUGUUUUUAGCAACCGUAUCUAAAAGAAAUAAAAGACAUCUUACUUAACAAAUUAAAACCUUUUCUUUUGCAGAUUCCGAUGACGACGAAGCACCCGAGGACCAACAGAAACGGAAUGAUGCGGACGAAGCCUAACUGAUGUAAGUAAACUCCUCUUCAAUAACGCAUCGCACUAUUAUCGCUGCCCAAUCUCACAAACUUAAGCUCUAAUCAGGCCAGGGAUCCCACAGGUGAUGCUGUCCCGACAACGGAGAAAAAAAAAGAAAGAUAACCUAACGUUUUUUUUUAUUUUCAGUUUUUAAGUUCAAAUCAGGUUUUUGACAUAGAGCCCAACAUAAUUUGAGCCCAAACAUUUUAAACCCACAAUUACUUUUUCAUAAUGUAAAAACGUCAACCUUCGUUUAUGUUUUGUUAAACUAUUUUAAUCUUUAUGUUUUGUUAAACUAUUUCACGUAGGGGGAAGAUCUCCUUAGAAGGGGAGCCACACGCCACGAUGCUUCCAGUUUCACUAUUCUUGAAACUCUUAUGAACCACAAAGCCAAUAUAAGAGCUCUGUUUCAAUCCAACGGCUGGAUUUUGUCACAGACCACCGCUAAGCCUGAAGAGGGAAGAGAAGUGGAGUGCUGCGUUUUGGAAGAUGGUUACUUGGA